AUUCGACCAGUUGUCUUGAAAAGUGAUUUUGUGAGCGCGCGCGUUUCUCAAUCAUGUCUGGGUUCCUUGACAACAUUCGAUGCUCGUGCAACAUUGACGUCUCCGAGUAUCGCAACUCGAUUGCGUCGUACUCGAGCGGGGUUCUUUUUGCUGUCGGGUGGUGGCUCUUCAUCGACGCCCAGUCCAUCUACUCGUUCGACGGCGCGCUAUGGGUGCCCUCCGUCGCCUCGACUGUCGCGUUGUUCAUGAUUAAUGCAAUCUCGACAGGGCACAUCACCGGAGAGACAUACAAUGAAGGCUGUAUUGGAACGACCGGAGCCCGGAUAUGGCUAUUCCUGGGGUUUGGCUUUGCGUUCGGCGGAUUGAUCGCGAGCUGUUGGAUUAUGGCCGCAAACUACAUCAUCGAUGACAAUGGCGACACUUGGGUUGGCGUGGCACUCUUCCUGCAAAACUUUUUAAUCUUCUUGAGCAGCAUGAUGUUCAAGUUUGGUCGUACUGACGAUACCUUUUAACGGUGCAAAUGUUGGAUGCUUUGUGUGUUGCUUGCUGCUUCUUUUCCAAGUCGCUGAGGAAGUGUAUAAUGUGCAUAUCUAUUGAAAGACAAAGGUUCUUUGCUUGAAUACAGUGACGCUUUUCUUUGUCAUUUGCGUCGUCGUCGAA